AUGAUAAAUAAGUAUACCCUCUAAUUUAUAGAUAAUGCAAUUGAGUAAAAAUAUUAGGAAUACUAAUUGUAAAUGAAGAGGAAACCAAUAUUGUAAAAAGUUAUUAUGAUGACAUUUCUUAUAAUAAUAGCGAAAUUAAUAGCUUUAAUGAUUAAUUUUAGUUUAAAGGAUGUAUAUUCCACUAUCGGCUACUUAGUUGUCAAUAUGGUUUUUAUUUUGAUCCUUAAAUUUCAGCCUCAUUUGAUCAGAUGGAUUCUAAUUGUCAUAAAUUACGGAGUAUUAAUCUUUUAUUAUGAACCAGAUGAAGGAAAGACUUAAUAUAAACAUUAAUUGUCUUCAGCCUUGAUAGUAUCUUAUUAAUUUAUAGUAAUGAAUACAGGAGAGUUUAUUGAUACUUUAGUGUAGGUGAUUUCAUUCUAUGCAUUUUAUCUAGCAUAUUUUAUUGAAUAUUAACCAGAUUAUUCUGUUUCACUAACACUUGCUACAUUUUUACUCUCAUUUUUACUUAUAAUAACAUUUUAUGAGAAUGCCUCUGCAGAAAGAUCAAAAUUCAAGCUUACAAUAAUAGAGAAUAAAUGGGAUGAAAUUCUGUAAAAUAUGAUUGUUGAACCAUGUGUUAUUUUCAAUUACAAUUACUUAAAAAGUUCUUUUAUAUUAAAAAAGUCAAUAGAUUUUAUUUAUACAAUAGAAUCAACUGUAGAAUUAAAAUAAUUCCUAAGAAAUUCAAUAGUGAAUCAAAGUUAGAAAACAAAUCUAGAAAAUUUUAUAUAUAAAAAGGUAUAAUAAUUAAAUAAAGACAAUAUAUAAAUAUGGAAUUAAAAGCUGACAAUUGUAUAUCUUAAGAAAGUUCAUAAUAUUUAUUACUCUAUACUUUCAGAUAUAUCUCCAAUCAUACUUAUCAAAGUUAAGCCAUUUAAAUUCUCCAAAAAUGAAUCAGAGUUAGAAGAUAAAUAUUAAUAUAAAUACAAAAUCUUAAUUAAAAGUAUCUUAAAUUAAUUUAAAUUAAUCUCCUAAAAAUAAUUUCCUAAUUUAAAUACAAUAUUUAAGAUUAGCAUGUAUCAUUACUUGCAUGAAAAAAUUGAAAAAUAAAUUAUUUCAUUUAUUAAAAUUAGCAAAAUUCUAAAUUAGCUUUAAUUAAUCUAUCCAUAAAAAUAAAUAACAAUUGAAAACUAAUAGAAAAGAUCUACAAUCUUUGGACAUAAAAACUUAUUGUAUUUAGUUUUGAUGGAGGUCUUUGAAAUAAUGUUAUCUAAAUAAAUACAUAUAAGAAUCAUUAAUUCUGAAUCUUCUACUAAACUUUUUAUAUAUGGAAUCCUCAUUGAAAGAGCUCAAGAGAAGUUAACAUCCAGACUAUUUUACUAUUAGAGUAACUUAGAAGCUCUUGAGAUUACAAAUUAAUGUAUUAUGAUCUAUAAAUAUUUUAGAUGUUAGCUUAGUUCUUAAGUAUAAGCUUCAAAGUUUUAAUUGA